AUGUCUGGCUCUAAAGAACUCACACAUUUUACCACACACGAAAAUUUCACCACGAGGCUAGUUUUAGCUACUCUUUCUGGUAAAUCUAUCAAAAUCUCCAAUAUUCGUUCAGAUUCUUUGAAUCCUGGUUUGGUGGACUCUGAAAUCUCAUUCCUUCGGUUGCUUGAAUCGGUCACCAAUGGUUCCAUAAUUGAAAUCUCAUACACGGGUACUUCCUUAAUCUACCGUCCAGGUUUAAUCACUGGUGGUUCUUUCACACACAACUGUCCCGAUUCGAAAUCUGUAUCGUAUUUUAUUAUCCCAAUGUUGAUGCUAGCACCUUUCUCGAAGAAGAAAUUCUCCAUUGUUUUUAAAGGAUUGACAUCUAAGAAACAUGAAGUUGGGUUGGAUUUCAUCAAGUGGGGAUUUAUACCGUUAAUGCAAAAGUUCGGUAUAAGGGAAGUUGAAUUGCAUACAUUAAAGAGAGGAUCCUAUCCAAACGGAGGUGGUGAAGUGCAUCUGUUGGUGAAUUCUUUGAUUCCACAGCCAAUCACAGUUCAUAUCUUAGAUAUCCAAAAAAUAUCAUCCAUCAGAGGUAUUGCGUGGUGUACCCGUGUCUCCCCAUCUGUUGUUAACCGUUUGGUUGAUGCUUCUAGAUCUGUUUUAAGGCAAACAGGAUGUGAGGUAAAUAUAACAACUGAUGUUUGGAGAGGGGAAAAUUCAGGCAAGUCUCCUGGUUUUGGCCUAACAUUGUUUACAGAGUCCAAAAAGACACCUUUACGAUAUAUCAUAGACGACGUUGCCAUAAGUGGUGAAACACCUGAAGAUUUAGCAGAUGAUCUCUCUUAUAGAUUUCUCGAGUUAAUAGAAAAUAGCGGAUGUGCACCAAGGUACUUAUUGGAUAUGGCAUUUAUAUUUAUGACCAUUGGUAAGGAGGAUAUUGGUAGAUUCAUCGUGAACAAAGAACAAAUAGAUUCAGAGCUGAUUCAAUUGUUGAGAGAUAUCAAACUACUAUUUAACACAGAAUUCUACUUCCAAGAAGAUGAUGAUAAUGACAAGGCGCUCAUUGCAACAUGCAAAGGUAUUGGUUUCACUAACGCAUCAAAGAAGAUCGCAUAA